AUGGAUAUAUUGUGCGAAGCGCUGGAGCACUUUUCGACGGUUGAGGAGGUUACUGAGCCGACGCUUUGUGCGUUGCGACACUGCACCGCCCGACAUCCUUUGGCAUCGCAAGCGCAAAGUGAUAUUCGCCUGUCGCAGACCCUACCAGUGAUCUUAGAACUGAUCGCCUCCAUGCGAGCACCAGUUGUCAAGGCAGCUCUGGGACUUGAAACGACUGCGAAGGGUGAGUCAGUGGUCACUCUGGCGAUGGACGUGCUGGGACGAGCGGGCGUUCAGCUGCGGCAGGAUCCAGAUGCACUGGCGGAUGGCGUAGCAAUGCGAGAAUUGGUUGAGGAAAUUUUCCAGUUACUUUCAUGGGAAGAAGUAUAUGCAAACGAUGAUGAGUUGCUGCAGCGAGAGCUUCUCGGGCUUCUCUAUCAACUUUCGAAAACACCGGAAGGAGCACGACAGCUCGAUAUGUACGGGCCGGCACCCGUACUUGCCGAAGCUUUGCAUUCCAGACACAAAGCCAUUUCGACGUACGCGUCCGGAGUAUUGAAAAAUCUACAGUUUGACAAGCCGCUGAUAUAUCGUGAAGAGAUUGAUACGGAAAUUGAGAGUGCCAUGAAUGGUGUUGCUGGUGAGGAAUGGAUGCACGAUGGCCUGGAGCCGGAGCUUUUUUCCGAGAUGUACCGCUCGUCGGAGAUGGAGCAUCUGGAUCGUCCUCAGCCCUGGCAACAUCCACCACCCUAUCAAACAAACAAUCGAAGUCCAUCGUGGUUUGAUACGGAUCUUUGA